CCUUUCAGCAACGGGCCAGAGGCGGCGGCGGCAGCAACGGCGAAGGGGGCGGAGAGGGAAGACCGCGGCGGGACGGAGCCCGGACAGCGCGUACUUUGGGCCGCGAGAUUUUUUUCCGCGCCGGCGGUAGUAGCAUUUGCUGCUGCAGCUGUAGCAGCAGAUCAUUCAUUGGCACCAUGAACUGGAAUAAAGGUGGUCCUGGCACUAAGCGGGGAUUUGGCUUUGGAGGUUUUGCCAUCAGUGCUGGGAAGAAGGAGGAACCCAAACUCCCACAACAGUCCCACAGUGCCUUUGGGGCAACCAGCUCUUCUUCUGGAUUUGGAAAGUCAGCUCCACCACAGCUCCCUUCUUUCUACAAAAUCGGAUCUAAACGGGCCAACUUUGACGAAGAAAACGCCUAUUUUGAAGAUGAGGAAGAAGACUCUAGCAAUGUUGAUUUACCUUAUAUUCCUGCCGAAAACUCACCAACCCGCCAGCGAUUCCAUUCCAAGCCAGUGGAUUCUGACAGUGAUGAUGAUCCCUUGGAGGCAUUCAUGGCAGAAGUUGAGUUCCUCAGUUGUAUGGAAUUCAACACUAAUCUGCUGUUAAGUAUGGAGCUGGGUAUGUGGAACAUUUGCAGGGAAGUUUGUUUCUCCGCUUGUUUUUCCAGGGGUAUUCGAGAUGACAUUGAAGAGGAAGAUGACCAAGAAGCUUAUUUUCGAUACAUGGCAGAAAACCCAACUGCUGGUGUGGUUCAGGAGGAAGAGGAAGACAAUCUGGAAUAUGAUAGUGAUGGAAAUCCGAUUGCACCUUCCAAAAAAAUCAUAGAUCCUCUUCCUCCCAUUGAUCAUUCAGAGAUUGACUAUCCACCAUUUGAAAAAAAUUUUUACAAUGAGCAUGAAGAGAUAACCAACCUCACUCCCCAGCAGUUAAUAGAUCUCCGGCAUAAGCUCAAUCUUCGGGUCUCUGGUGCUGCACCUCCUAGACCAGGAAGUAGCUUUGCUCAUUUUGGGUUUGAUGAACAACUUAUGCACCAGAUUCGGAAAUCUGAGUACACACAGCCCACUCCAAUACAGUGCCAGAUCCAUGCAGAAUGUAAGCGGUUUGGAAAAGCUUAUAAUCUUCGAUCAGUGGCUGUAUAUGGAGGAGGGAGUAUGUGGGAGCAGGCCAAGGCUCUUCAGGAAGGGGCAGAGAUUGUUGUGUGUACCCCAGGUCGACUGAUUGAUCAUGUGAAAAAGAAAGCUACUAAUCUUCAAAGAGUCUCUUACCUUGUGUUUGAUGAAGCAGAUCGAAUGUUUGACAUGGGAUUUGAGUACCAGGUUCGAUCCAUAGCAAGUCAUGUCCGUCCUGACAGACAGACUCUCUUAUUCAGUGCAACUUUUCGGAAAAAGAUUGAAAAGUUGGCCAGAGACAUCCUGAUCGACCCUAUUCGAGUGGUGCAGGGAGAUAUUGGAGAGGCGAACGAAGAUGUGACACAGAUUGUGGAGAUUCUCCAUUCUGGGCCUAGUAAAUGGAACUGGCUUACCCGGCGUCUGGUGGAAUUUACCUCUUCAGGGAGUGUCCUCCUGUUUGUUACUAAAAAAGCCAAUGCUGAAGAGCUAGCCAAUAACCUUAAGCAGGAAGGUCAUAAUCUUGGGCUACUCCAUGGGGACAUGGAUCAGAGUGAGAGAAACAAAGUCAUUUCAGACUUUAAGAAAAAGGACAUCCCAGUCCUGGUGGCCACAGAUGUUGCAGCCCGUGGUCUGGACAUUCCUUCAAUUAAGACUGUCAUUAAUUAUGAUGUGGCACGAGACAUUGAUACCCAUACUCAUAGGAUCGGCCGCACAGGCAGAGCGGGUGAGAAGGGUGUGGCUUAUACCUUAUUGACUCCCAAGGACAGCAAUUUUGCUGGUGACCUUGUCCGAAACUUGGAAGGAGCCAAUCAGCAUGUUUCCAAGGAACUCCUAGAUCUGGCAAUGCAGAAUGCCUGGUUUCGGAAAUCCCGCUUCAAAGGAGGGAAAGGCAAAAAGCUGAACAUUGGUGGAGGAGGCCUAGGCUAUAGGGAGCGGCCUGGCCUAGGCUCUGAGAACACGGACCGAGGAAAUAAUAAUGUAAUGAGCAAUUAUGAGGCCUACAAACCCUCCACGGGAGCUAUGGGAGAUCGGCUGACAGCAAUGAAAGCAGCUUUCCAGUCACAGUAUAAGAGUCACUUUGUUGCAGCCAGUUUAAGCAAUCAGAAGGCUGGAAGCUCUGCCGCUGGGGCAAGUGGAUGGACUAGUGCAGGGAGCUUGAAUUCUGUUCCAACUAAUUCAGCACAACAGGGCCAUAACAGUCCUGACAGCCCCAUCGCCAGUGCCACGAAGGCCAUCCCAGGCUUUGGCAAUACUGGGAACAUCAGCAGUGCUCCAGUGACCUACCCUUCUGCCGCAGCCCAGGGAGUCAACAACUCAGCUUCAGGGAAUGACAGUCGAGAAGGGAUUGGGGGUGGCAACGGGAAAAGAGAGAGAUAUACUGAGAACCGGGGUGGCAGCCGUCAUAGUCACGGAGAGAGUGGCAAUCGGCAUGGUGACAGCCCACGUCAUGGAGAUGGUGGUCGCCAUGGAGAUGGAUACCGCUACCCAGAAGGCAGCAGCCGUCAUCCCGAUGGCCAACGGCAUGGGGAAAACAGGCAUGGAGGAAAUGCAGGCCGGCAUGGGGAGAGCCGGGGUGCAAAUGAUGGCCGAAAUGGUGAAAGCAGGAAAGAAGGUUGUAAUCGUGAGAGUAAGAUGGACCCCAAGGUGGAAAGCAGCAAGAUGGACAAGGUAGACAGCAAGACAGAUAAGACAGCUGAUGGCUUUGCUGUCCCGGAGCCACCCAAGCGCAAGAAGAGUCGAUGGGACAGUUAGAGGGUAUGUGCUAAAUCGCAAAAUCAGUUGUCUUUAAUUUUAUUUUUAGAAAGAUUUUGGUAACUAGGUGUCUCAGGGCUGGGUUGGGGUCCAAGGUAUAAGGACCCCCUGCCCUUAGUGGAGAGUUGGAGCUUGGAGAUAUUAGCCCUUCUUCUUGGAAGCUGCUUUGGUCCCUGGAAGCAGUGAGAGCUGGGAAGCUUUUGACUCUAGGUGAGUUGUCAUGAGGGUAAGUUGAUACUUUGGGAGAAAGGGCCUCAUAGGGCACAAAACUCACUCUAGGUUUAUAUUAUAUGUAGCUUAUAUUUUUUACUAAGAUGUCACCUUAUAAACAUCUAUAAGUUGAAUUCCUUUUCUUAGCUGCGUGGCCAGGCAGUCCCCUUUUUAGGAGUUGGCUUCUGCAAACCCCACUGAACUGUCAGGAAGCAAUUUGGUGGUUCUAGACAUUUGUCAGGGAAGGGAGCCGUCUGAUUCUAAAUGAGAGCCGAUGCUCAGGUUCCCCAGCCAGGUUUGUAUCCUGCCCUGAGACAUGUAGAGGAAGCAACAGCCUUCCAGACCCCGGCUUUGAAGAUUUCCAAAGCCACUGUGAUUGAAGGGAAAAGAUUAUCCAUAUGAUUCUAGGGUUGCUCCUGGUCUGAGGUGUUGUUAAAUUUAAAAUUUAAAAUUUAAAAAAAAAAAAAAACCCUCAACAGCUUUUUUUUAAAUGUCUUCUAUUUCAUUGUAUUUUUUUUUUUAACUUGCCCCAAUGGUAGAAAAGUCUUUUGCUGAAAUGAUUUUGAUGAUUUUUGUUCUAUCUUGUUUAUAAAAGGAAAAGAAAUAUACAAACUUUGAAUUUUGUGACUUUGUGAAGGUUUCUUUAAGAUGUGCAUUCCUUUCUGCUUGCUCUCUAGUAAAUGUUUUACUAC